AUUGAAAAAAAUUGGCAAGUUUGAAAACCAAGUAUUUGAUUUUUCGAAGAGUUUUUAAUAUAGAACGAGAGAAAACACUUUGUGAGCUUUCUACAAUUUUUUCGUUUGUACGUUUUUAAAUCGAAUAUGUUCAUCAUUCGUGGAUAAAACAAGAUCAUUUUGAAUGAAUCAUUUGAGUACUUUCAUAUUUAUUAUGAUUGUAAAAUUAAAAACGCACUAAAAAUAAAUCGUUAUUCGCCAAUUUUUUUCAAAAAUAGCAUUUUCCAACUGUAUAUCUUUGGCAUCGAAGUCAAAAAUUUAUUGGAAAUCGGAAACAUUGCGAUUUCUUUAAAUAAAAAAAUUGUCCCCAUUUUGCUAAAAGGUACAAUUUUUUAUUUCUUCAACGAAUGUCAUGGGACAUUCUGAAUUUUUUAUCAUGUACGCUUAUGAAAAAUUUUUUCAUUAUAUAUUUUUCAAAAAUAAUCGCUUGCAAGGCUGAUCGUGCAUGAUCAAGACUGUCGACAAAUUUGUUUCCACAAAAAAUGUUUGCUUACGAUUUAUUGCACGAAACGGAAAUUCCAAUUAACAAAUAUGAUGAGUUAAAUUUGUUUUUUUAGUUUUAUUAGUCAAAAUGACCCGUGCAAACAUGAAAAUUCGCGAAAAUGACAUUUUUAUGAGAAUUCUCCCUUCGUAUGUUCAAAUUUCCCGCAUAAAAAAGCUGGUGCUGCCACAAGUUUUUACAUUCGCCGCUCUUCCACAAUUUGGCGCGGCGGCCGUUAGCGUUUAUUCAGUAAGUGAGGUUAGAAAAACUCAUCACACCGGGUAGUAUCGUAAGACCGCUUAAAAUAAUCAAAUCUAACCUCUGCUUUUCCUAGAAGUAAAACGAUUUAAAUGUUGAAUAAACGGUGUUUAGUGUUGUAAAUGAAAGUGUAACAUCGUCAAAUAAAAUGGGCGACUCGGAUUUCAAUGAUUUACUUCGAUCAGCGGAACAACUUUCUGCUGCUGUCGAAGGCACCGGCGAACUUCCCCAGGUCGAGAGAAAUCUUCGACAAAUUUUCGAAGCUUCUAAUGAACUCUGGUCUCGGGUAACGCAAACGGGAACCCAGGAUAAUCAGUCACAAGCGAAUUUUUUGUUAGGUUCGAGGGGCAUAGAUUUACCACAAAUAUCCCAAAAGUUAAAUUCUCUGAGCACGAGACGAACGUUUGAGCCACUCGAUCCUAUUGCCGAUACUGACAUUGUCAACUAUUUAAAAAAUGAAAAGGAAAAUGCCAUCUUAUCAAUUAUCGAGCAAGUACACAAAGACACAUUUGAGUUGAACAGAGUACAGCAAAUGGAGCACAUGUUGGGUGAAUGGAAGCAAAUGCGUUAUGAGAUAAUAAAUGCAAUGACAGCGCCGUCCGGUGAGUUGGUGGAUUUGAGAGGGACACCGCAGCGAACGAAAUUGGCAGGAACGACAGCGAGUGGUUUGUCGAACGUCGAGAUGGCAUACGCAAAAGAGUUACAAAAUUACAACGACCACGUGUUGCGUGGAAUAACGAGGCCGAAUUUGUUCGCGGCGUUUUCAAAAGCAGCUGAAAGUUUCAAUGAUCGAAAAAUCGAGGACAUGUGGCGAAUGGUGUGGUGUAUGGUGAACAUUCCAUUGACGCCGCGAGGCGAUCAAAUAAAGUCGCGUUGCAGUAGCCCAGUGGAGGCGAAGCUGGUCGAGCAGUCGAGAAAUUACCUGGAAAAUCGUUAUCGCGAAUUCAUGAAUUCGUUCAUCAGCGAAAAUUUGGAACAAGCUCGGAGAGGUGGAAUUCCAGGGACUCUACCGCUGGUCAAAAGUUUCGUUGGUGUCAGAGUCCAGAAUUAUAGAGAUUUGGAAGACGCCGCUAUCGAAGACAAACCUUUGUGGCCACUGGUUUAUUACUGCAUGAGAACAGGCGAUUUAAAAGCCGCUCUCCAAUGCCUCGAUCAGUGCGACGUUCCCUAUCAAGAGUUCCGACAAGCUCUCGAAGAAGCCAUCGAAGAUCCAUUGAAAAGACCGAGCCCUCGAGGCGAAUCCGUUCUCAAACUUCACUAUCGUAAACACGUUAGAUCCUCCACCGAUCCUUACAAAAGAGCCGCUUACUGCGCUCUCGUCCCUUGCGAUCCCGACGAUUUACAUUCUGAAGUUAUGUCCACUGCCGAUGAUUAUCUAUGGCUGAAACUCUGUCAGGUGCGCGAACAAACUGACUCUGAAAACAAAUUGACUCUGGAUCAUUUGCAGACUACGAUUCUUGAAGUUUAUGGUGAAGCGUAUUACCAUGCACACGAGCAGCCAUUCCUCUACUUUUCAAUGCUCUUCCUUACUGGUCAAUUCGAAGCAGCGAUUGAGUUUCUCGCUCGAGGUGCAGGAGCACGACAUUUGCCUCAUGCGGUCCACCUGGCAGCAGCAUUACAUGAGCACAGUUUGUUAGCAACGAGUCAAAGCGUCCUGGCACCUCUGAUUACAGUUGACCCGGCCGACAAACCUCCUGCGAAACGCUUGAAUUUGGCUCGCCUCAUUUUACUCUACGUGAAGAGAUUCGAAUCGUCAGAUCCCAAAGAAACGCUUCAUUACUUGUUCUUGUUGCGCUGCAUGAAAGAUCCCCACGACCGGAAUAUGUUUGCAGCAUCCGCAGCGGAAAUGGUGGUUGACGCAUCGCCAGCGAGUCGUUCCUUGCUCGUAGGAAAAAUCGAGCGCGAGCGUCGAUUGCCAGGGAUUCUGGAUCAAUUCCAAAUAAAUACGGAGGACGUAAUAAAUAUUUGCGCUGAUACUUUGUAUCGGAAAGGACUUUUGGAAGACGCAGUAGCGAUGUACGACCUUGCCGGCAACCAUGAUAAAGUUUUGAGUCUCAUGUGCAUGUUGCUUGCCCAAGUCGUCAGUCAAAGGGACUCUCCGGGCUCCUUGAGAUCGCGCCUUCAAACAUCGGCCGCAGAAAUCAGCCUCCGAUAUCAGGGCAUCGCAAUUCAAGCGUCCGCCGAAUUAGUCGCUGCUUUUUACACUCUCCGCGAUCUCAUGGUCUUUUUCGAUCAAUUCCACAAUGAACAGUAUCAGAGCGCUUUGAACACGAUCGCCGAUUCGAAACUGCUCCCUGCUCACGUGAAAGAAGUAGACGAGCGUGUGACAGCUCUCAAACGUGUUUCACCGGAAGUCGCCGGCACACUGUCCGAAGUUUUACUCGCGACGAUGACGAUUUUGUAUAAACAGUAUCAGAAAUUAAGGUCGACCGAGCCCGGCGAUGAAAUUGCACGGGACGAACAGCUUCGAGAUCUCCGAGAACAAGCCCGAGCGCUCACGAGUUUCGCUGGGACUCUGCCAUAUCGUAUGCCCAACGAAACCAAUAGUCGCCUCGUACAAAUGGAGAUUCUCAUGCAUUAAAUAUUAUUAUGUAAAAAAAUUUCCAUUUUGACCUUCAAACAUUUUUUCUCAAUAAAAAAAUUCUCAGGUUCGUA